AUGGUGAGCUUGGCCACAUACUUAUUGGAAGGGGAGGCAGAGAAUUGGUGGCAAAGCAUGCAGCGAAGCGUCCCGGCCACCUACUCCUGGACAUGGACUGGAUUCAAGGUAAAAUUCCUGAAAAAGUACUUCUCACGGUCGUGUCGCAAUGAGAAGAUCGCACAGUUUUUACGGCUGGAGCAGGGGAGUCUUACAGUUCCCAAGUAUGAGGCCCGAUUCGACGAACUCUCCCAGUAUGUGCCCAAGGCCUUGGAGGAUGCCAAAUACAAAUUGCAGAAGUUCAAGGAGGGACUUAGGCCAGGGAUCCAGUCGCGGCUAUGUGCCUGGGAUUUCGAGGACUACGCAAAACUAGCAGACAAAGCCAUGCGGCUUGAGAAAGACUUCGAGCACACCCUGAGAACCCGCCCCCAUCUAAAGACGCCUAGUUCAGGCUAA